GAGGGCUCGUCUCCCUGACUGCCGCUGCUGCCACCACUGCUUCCACAGGAACCUACUUACAUCCUGGGCCAGGGAGUGAGUGUGCAUCCCACCCUUCUCUCAUCCUCACUCACCUUGCUCAACCCAUCUCUCUGCUGCUCUGCAGUGUCCAGUCACCCCUCCUGGCUGCCUCUCACUCCAGUACUUCUUCACUUGCUUCAUCAUCCUCUCUUGUCUUCCCCUCAGCUGUCUCCUGCCUUGGUUUCCUCUGGCACCUGUUGUCCUGCUUCAGCUAUCUCCUUGCCUUGGCUUUAGGUGGCAUCUCCCCAGUAGCAACUCCUGGGUGGGGAGCAGUCAUCAGCUGCCUCCAAUCAUCCCUAGGUUCGGCUGUGCAUUUGGCUCAUCCUUUCAUUCCAGAGGCGCCCGGGUGGCACAGUAGUUAAGAGCUUGGUUGAUAACCGAAAGAGGGCGAUGCCAGGGAGCUGGUGAAGGCUUUCCUCUCCUCCUCCGCCAUGGUUGACGGUGUUAAGUAUGAAGUGGCCCCCCAGCACGACAGGGAUUCCUCCCCUUUGGCUGAUGGCGCUAGCCCAGGGCCUGAGCAGGUAAAGCUAAAGAAGGAGAUCUCACUGCUUAACGGCGUGUGCCUGAUUGUGGGGAACAUGAUUGGCUCAGGCAUCUUCGUCUCCCCCAAAGGCGUGCUCAUGUAUAGUGCCUCCUUUGGCCUCUCCCUGGUCAUCUGGGCUGUUGGGGGCCUCUUCUCGGUCUUUGGGGCCCUUUGUUAUGCAGAACUGGGCACCACCAUUAAGAAAUCUGGGGCCAGCUAUGCCUACAUCCUCGAGGCCUUCGGGGGAUUCCUUGCCUUCAUACGACUCUGGACCUCCCUCCUCAUCAUCGAGCCCACUAGCCAGGCCGUCAUUGCCAUCACCUUUGCCAACUACAUGGUGCAGCCGUUCUUCCCCAGCUGCGUGGCCCCCUAUGCUGCCGUCCGCCUUCUGGCUGCUAUCUGCAUCUGUCUCUUAACCUUCAUUAACUGUGCCUAUGUCAAGUGGGGAACCCUGGUACAAGAUAUUUUCACCUAUGCUAAAGUACUGGCGCUGAUUGCAGUCAUCAUUGCAGGCAUUGUUAGACUUGGCCAGGGAGCCUCGACUCACUUUGAGAAUUCUUUUGAGGGUUCAUCAUAUGUGAUGGGUGACAUUGCCCUGGCCCUAUACUCGGCUCUGUUCUCCUACUCGGGCUGGGACACCCUCAACUAUGUCACCGAAGAGAUCAAGAAUCCUGAGAGGAACUUGCCCCUCGCCAUUGGCAUUUCCAUGCCCAUUGUUACUAUCAUCUACAUCCUGACCAAUGUGGCCUAUUACACUGUGCUGGACAUGAGAGACAUCCUGGCCAGUGAUGCUGUUGCUGUGUCUUUUGCAGACCAGAUUUUUGGAGUAUUCAACUGGACAAUUCCAUUGGCAGUUGCAUUAUCCUGCCUUGGUGGCCUCAAUGCCUCUAUUGUGGCUGCUUCUAGGCUUUUCUUUGUGGGUUCAAGAGAAGGCCAUCUUCCUGAUGCCAUCUGCAUGAUUCAUGUUGAACGGUUCACGCCAGUACCUUCUCUGCUCUUCAAUGGUAUCAUGUCACUGAUCUACUUGUGUGUGGAGGACAUCUUCCAGCUCAUUAACUACUACAGCUUCAGCUACUGGUUCUUUGUGGGGCUCUCUAUUGUGGGCCAGCUUUAUCUGCGCUGGAAAGAGCCUGACUGGCCUCGUCCCCUCAAGCUCAGCCUUUUCUUCCCCAUUGUCUUCUGCCUCUGCACCAUCUUUCUGGUGGCUGUUCCACUUUACAGUGAUACAGUCAACUCCCUCAUUGGCAUUGGCAUUGCCCUCUCAGGCUUGCCCCUCUACUUCCUCAUCAUCAGAGUGCCAGAACACAAACGACCUCUUUGCCUCCGAAAGAUGGUGGCAUCCACCACAAGGUACCUCCAGGUCCUAUGUAUGUCAGUUGCUACAGAGAUGGAUUUGGAAGAUGGGGAAGAGAUGCCCAAGCAACGAGAUCCCAAGUCUAACUAAGUAACCACUGUGAAUCCUGAUAUGUGGACC